CGUGUGCCCCCGUUUCGAUUCUCUUCUUUCUUAAAUCCGAACAUUGCGACCGAUUCAUGUAACGCGUGUAACCGAUCACAUUGUCGAACGGACCGAGAUAAGAAUUCAAGCGCACAGUGUUGGAAACGGUCUUUCUCACGAUGUCCAGGUACCUCGGUCUGAUUCUCGUUAUCACUGCAUGCGCCCAUGUAUACGGGGCGAAAAAAUGCGAAGGGAACGGGUUAGGCUUGAAAUAUGUAUGGGGAGACGCACUCACGGAUCCAGCUGACUGUAUAGGACCAAAUAACAUGGAGUAUCCGACUGCCGCGAUAUCGAGAAGUUACAAGAAUCUUUGGACGAACAGUCGGAUGGCCAGGUCCCGUCAGCCUCGAACUAUCGAUCCUGAAUUAACCAGACAGGCUCUGCUUCACAAUUACAAGAUCGCUCAUGGAGAUUACUCGAUUGCCGAAUCUUCGCGAAACGGUAGAGGAUUUUCCUCGAAGGAGGCAUGUGGCUCGCCAGCCAGAUUAUGCAAAACCAGGUACAACACCACCGCGCCUAUGUACGGAGUCAGCCUAACCAGCGGUCAACCUGUUACCAUUGUGCAAAAAUUCCCCGACCUUCUGCAGCAGGUCGUGUUCGAAGUUUGCGAAUCGAAAGAGUGCGACGUGGUCCACGGCGAGUGCACGCAGACGUACGUGCCGUAUCUGUUUCUAGUGAUCCCGCUUGGGCCGGUGACCUUGACCGGUCAAGAUUACGUGCUGGUGGAGAGCGGUUGCGUGUGCAAACCGAGAAAUUCGGCGAGCGCCACGUCGGAGCCACCGGCCGUUCCAACUUUUUAAACGUUCGUCGAACCCUGUACAGUGAUCAACAUCGAGUGAUCGUCACCGGUGUACAUCUCAGCGUCGAUCGUGACGAAUCGGUGGAAGGUGACCCCACAGCUCGAACAACCUCGCCGAAGAACCUAGUAACCUCUUUGACGGACCUAGCAAAGAAUGCUGAAACCAGUAUUGAAGUCGCUGGAGAAUUGAUUUCUCGGGAGAAAUCUGCUGUACGAACGAUCUUCCCUGCGAACUCGCUGCGAUGGCGCACGACUCUCUCGCACGACGGGGUUGUAAUAACGUUGACCAUGGGCCGGUCAGCUUUUCUAGUUCGUUCUUCAAUUACCGCGGGGAACGUCUUUCCAGCAGAGGCUGAUGGAACUCCUCCUUUUCGCUGCGAUCACGAAUUUCUUUGGAAAUUCUUGAUGGCUCCGAGAGUCAUAGAUAAUUUAGGCUUCUCACUAUAACUCUUCUAUCACAAACUGAAUUCAUGAACUGUUAGCGUCGAUCUGUUUGCAAAAGGCGCGCUUCACGGUCGUAUAGUGGUGCGUCGGCUCUUUUAUCGUCGUUUUUCUUACGUCGUCGUGCGAGAAAAAAAAAAAAAAAAGAAGACGAAGUGUAAAAGACGAAGAAAAUAAGUUAGAAGAAGUUAUUUCAGCGUGAAAAAACAAAUCGGAGCAGCGGCGGUCGUUUCGCGGAAUCCGGUCUCGGAAUCCAAUCGAGUUCACUAGACCUGCUCACGAGCCGGUUUCGAGCAGGUGUAUAGAACAGCUUGUAACAGUGCUCCGCGAGAAGUAUAGGCGAGAAAUUCUUUCAAAAGGUAUCGUAAAAGUUAUAUCAUUUGGAUUAACCGCGUCGUUAUGAGGCGGAAACGUCGUUAAUGCGUUCUCCGGCUCUUCAACUCGGCAUCGUUACGUCGUUCGUUCUGUUUCACUUCUUACAAGAUAAUCCGGUGGAAUUAGUUCAAUUUAUUGAGUCAAUUUGAUCUAAUGCAAAACGCAGACGACUGGAUCAUUAAGCGAACGAAAGUUCCAAUCUCGACUUCAUUUUCCGCUACGUAUUAUAACUCUCGCGGAUACGUAUAUUAAAAAAAAAAAAAAAAAAAAAAGGAAUCUCUCAUCAUUGUGCAGAACGAAGAAACUAAUUCCACAACGGUAGAGUUAUAGGUUCCAUAUGUUGGAAACCGUAGAAAGUCGCGCGAUCUUCUUUCGCGCGGUACAAAGCGAGAUCUUUGAAAGGAUCAUGCUUAUUCCCGUAUUGGAGUCGGUUGAAUCGCUGCUAAGAUGCGUCACUGGCCUGUUUAUGCUUCUCAGAACCGGACUCUGAAAGCUCGCGUUGGAAUCGUACCGACAAACAGGAUGGACGUGCAGUCGCGGUACGAAUGGACCGUACCAUGAAUUCCGAUGAGUAUAAUGUACCGUUACACGCUUUGCGGGACCCUUCACCUCGAUUUACUUCAGUUGGUUAUUUCAUAGGCGAGAUCCAUGUAGCACCCAAAAGUAGCUGACUCGUAUCGCUCAUUCAUGCCGUUCCACUUAAUUAUCCGCAGUUCUUCUGAUGUAUUCCUUCGAUCGGCUAUUCAUUUUCUACGGUGCUUGCGAGUUUCCUACGCAAUUAUUUUACAACGUCGUACCAAUUCUGAAAUUCAAAUAUCUCAGUUGAAAUACAUGUAACAAUUCUCCUACGUAAUGUUAAUUGUCGAUCGAUGAUUUUUCUUAAUACAACGGAUGUAUAAAUUGAAUACGAGUCACGAAUUCGUAAAUCAUUCUGUGCCAGUGCCGUACGGGGGGAAAAGUGAUAAAUCAAGAAACGCCGGAAUAUGAAGAACGAACAAUUCUUUCAUAUCGCAUGUCAUCUCUUGUAUUUAUAGUUGUAAUAUGCAAGUAUAUAUUUAUAAUUUAUUACUAAAUUACGA